AAAGCAAUGCCCGCGCAACACCUGGUCAAAAACCCAUGUCUGCAAAUGUCUUCUCUGAUCAAAGCUCAAGUGAGAGAGCACAGAGAUUCUCCAGAGACAAGAAACCCUUUUGUCUUAUUUCCAGAGCGGCGAUAUUAAUUAUACCGAGUAUUACUCUUACUCUCUUGUGGCGACUGUUGUGUACGCGGGAGCCUUCAUGGAGGUGGACCCGGUGGGAGUCUCUGUGGAUACAGUGGAAGCGUCGACGGUGUUUCCAGGGUUCAAGUUCUCGCCGACUGACGUGGAGCUGAUCUCUUAUUACCUCAAGCGGAAGAUGGACGGUUUGGAGCGGUCCGUUGAAGUUAUACCGGAAACCGAUAUUUACAACUUCGAGCCUUGGGAUUUGCCCGAUAAGUCAAUAGUUAAAUCUGAUACAGAAUGGUUCUUCUUCUGUCCACGUGGCAAAAAGUAUCCACAUGGCUCACAGAACAGGAGAACAACCAAGAUGGGGUACUGGAAAGCCACUGGGAAAGAACGUGAUGUUAAGUCUUCUUCUGAAGUGAUCGGAACAAAGAGGACGCUUGUCUUCCAUAUCGGUCGUGCACCAAAAGGCGAAAGAACGGAGUGGAUUAUGCACGAGUAUUCCAUGAAAGGAUCACCACUGGACGAUGCUUUGGUUGUUUGCCGGCUCAGGAGGAACAGAGAGUUUCAUAAGGCACCAGAGCCAAAUUUAGCAGCCGAUAAGCACAUGAUCUUGCCAAAUGAUCCGGCUAGUUCAGGUCGCCCAUCUGAUUGGGACAGCAUGAUUGAUUUUUACCUUGCAGGUGAACCAGGUGAAAAUCUUCUCACUGAAAUGGCAGAAACAUCAAGAAAUGUGCAUGCUGAUGAGGAUUUCUUUGCGGAUAUCCUAAGCGACGAAAUCAUCAAUCUUGAUGAAGCGGUGACGACGGGGAAAACACCAAACGAAGUGCCAACACUUGAGUCAGCAGCAUCGGCGAUAAGGGUACUUCCAUUACCAACCAUGAUAGACAAACAGAUGGUUUCACUCUUAGAAGAAAGACAACCACAGGAGAAGGAAGGAAAAGAGAGCAGUUGCACUGAACCAUUGUCGAGCUGCUUCGUGGGACUAUACUCGAUCAAAACGGUGAACCGGGUACGAUGGGAUGUUAUCAUCGGUGCAGUGGCUCUCAUUGCAAUGUUGUUUUAUCUAGAGGAGGCUAUGUAACUAUGUAAGUAGUUGGAACCGAUGUCCUGUGUUGUUGUGUUUUGGGCAUUGCUUGCUUUGGAUGUUGAUGUUUGUUUUUGUGUAUAGGUUUGUUUUGUGUAUAGUGUUUCAACUUGAGUAAUCUGUCAAUUUUUGGUACGGUUUUAGAACUGCAAGCAAACCGAUAAUUCAAAA